AUGGAGGGACUAAAAUUGAAUAGAAUUUCUCUCAUAUUGUUUAUUGCAUUUGCUGCAUUUGUUCCCACACUCAAGGCUCAAAUCGACAAAGUAUGGGAGAGGCGGGCUCAAGAAGCCUGGAACCGAACCCUCGAUUCCUACGAGCCAGAUCCAGUAAAGAUUGUAACUCAUUUGAAUGCAAAUGUCCAUAGGACCUUAAGGGAACUAGGUGCAUUGGAACCAAAUAGCACGAGGAGGGGACUAAGGAAGAAAUAUAGGGGGCCAUGCAUGGUGACCAACCCAAUUGACAGGUGCUGGAGAUGCCAACCCAAUUGGGCCGAUAAUCGGAAGAGGCUGGCUGAUUGUGGCCUUGGGUUCGGUUACAAGGCCAAAGGUGGAAAGGCAGGGCGAUUCUAUGUUGUCGAUGAUUCAUCUGACAACGACAUGGUGAACCCCAAACCUGGAACCCUACGUCAUGCAGUGAUCCAAAAGGAACCAUUGUGGAUCAUAUUCAAGCGAAGCAUGGUUAUUAAGCUUAACCAAGAACUUAUCAUGAAUAGUGACAAAACAAUCGAUGGACGUGGUGUUGAAGUCCACAUCGCUUAUGGUGCCGGGAUCACUAUUCAAUUCGUGAAGAAUGUUAUCAUCCAUGGCAUUUACAUUCAUGACAUUCAUAUGGGUAAUGGUGGUCUAAUUAGGGACUCGGUCGAUCAUUAUGGAUACAGAACUGCUAGUGAUGGGGAUGGAAUUUCCGUCUUCACUUCUCAGGAUAUUUGGAUUGAUCACGUCUCCAUGAGAGCUUGCCAUGAUGGCCUCAUCGAUGUAAUUCAAGCAUCUACCGGGGUCACAAUCUCGAAUAGCCACUUCACCGAUCAUAACGAGGUGAUGCUUUUCGGUGCAAGCGAUAGCUACUCUCAGGAUGAGAAGAUGCAAAUUACGGUUGCUUUUAACCAUUUUGGCAAGAGACUGGUACAAAGAAUGCCAAGGUGCCGAUAUGGAUACAUCCACGUCGUUAACAACGACUACACUCAUUGGAAUAUGUAUGCCAUCGGUGGAAGCCAACACCCUACCAUUAUUAGCCAAGGCAACCGAUACAUUGCACCUCCUAACAACCCCUAUGCUAAGGCGGUGACAAAGAGGGAUUAUGCUACCGAAGACGUAUGGAAGACAUGGACAUGGAGAUCAGAGGGAGAUUUAUUUUUGAGAGGAGCAUAUUUUGAACAGUCUGGAGAUCCAAAUUGGAGCAAGAAGCACUCUGAGUUUUAUGAUUUAAUUCCAGCUUCUUCAGCCCUCCAAGUUGCAGAGAUUACCAAAUUUUCUGGUGCACUUCAUUGCAUAGUAGGAAGACCGUGUUAG